AUACUUCCUACUUGGAUCAUACAGAGCAUACUUUCGCAUAGCUUUGCAUACGAGUAGAGAUACGGAAAACAUCUUACGCUGCAUGCAUCAACAAUCAACAUGAACUCGCGUUCCCUCCGGCGCCUCGCCGCGGACCACAGCACACUUCACAAUGAAGGUCUCCCACCAAACUACUUCUUUUCACCCUACACCUCCUCCAACGACGACCUCACUCAAUUCGAUGUUCUCCUCGCCGGUCCCAUGCACACUCCCUUCUCCGCAGGAGUGUUCAAACUUCACCUCGAUAUCCCUCCCACGUACCCACAACAACCACCGACCGCAUUCUUCCGCACACCUCUCUUCCACCCGAACGUCGAACCUCGAACAGGCGGAGUCUGCGUGGAGACCUUGAAGCGAGAUUGGGACAGCAAGCUCACAUUGAAGGACGUGCUGGUCACGAUAUCAUGUCUGCUGAUCCAGCCGAAUCCGGACUCGGCGUUGAAUGCGGAUGCAGGACACUUGAUCCAGCAGAACUAUGAGAGUUUUGCGAAUAUGGCGAAGAUGAUGACGGGGAUCCAUGCGGUGGUGCCGAAGGAUUUGGUGGAGCAUGUGAAAG